UAUUAACUUACGUUUUGUUUCAUUUUGUUCAUCUAGAAGAUGGAUGAGCAGGUGUACGAAUACAACUCUGGUUUAGCUGCAGAAACAAUAACGAAUAUCUUGGGGAAAGACAACUGUGACUUAUUUCAUCCGGACGAAAAUGUGCCGCGAGCAAAAUUUGCUGGCGUUGUCGACCACGUCAGGUCUUCAUUUCAAACUGACCUCCGGAAAGUUCGGUGGAAGGGGAACGGUGCUUCAGCAACAUAUGGGGAUAUAACACACUUGGAAGAGGAAGGGGAGAUAUUUAUCAGACAGUCCGGUACAUACGUUGUACUGUCAAAGCUAAGGAUAAAUCGAGACCCGUCUGCACCGUUUGCAGCCAAACUUUCCCACGUUUUGUAUCUGUUCUCACAUAGGGAUGGGCGGAAAACUGUUCUAAUGCAGAGAAGCAGAACAUUGUGCCACAAAAGUGAUAAUCAAUACGAUAGCUUUAUAUCAGCGGUUUUUCGAUUUCACAAGUACGAUCGCAUAUCCAUUCUUACGACACAUGCGCAACUUUUACAAAUCAAGGACACGGAGAACUUUUUUGGAGUGUUUUAUACGUAUGACAUGUUCUAAAGUUGCAAACACAUUCUUUAUCGUUAGACCAACGUAUAUGAGUAAGGAUAUUUUGUUUUACGAUAUAUUUGGGCAAGAGUUAUAACCGGGAGAAAGUAUGUCUUAAACGACUUUCUAAAUAAGAUAGUUUGAUGACUAACUGUUGUUUGGAGUUACACUGUCAUAAUUUGUUUAUGUUCAUAAUAAAUUGAUCGAGUUAUUUUAAACAAUAGCUUUAACUACCAAAAUAUCUUCUCAAAAUACGUUAAUAAUG